AACAACUGCCUAACCAAACCGGAAGUAAACAAAGCGGACCACAGUUGUUGGAUACAGUCGCCACGGUAACAACAACAACUGCAACAGUUACAGAAGCUCUCAACAGCCAAAAGCUAAUGAUUUCGGGCUUCAGUAACGCUUUUGAUAUCACAGUUAAAAGGAAAAAUGGCAUCUAGUUUACAGACGCAACACGAGACGCAAAGCGGAGUUUAUACGUUCUCCAGUCGUCCGCGUGCGGUUCCCAACCGCCCCAAAUACAGACAAGACGCUCCGCUGCUAAAUGAAGAACAGAGCAGUUAUGGAAACAUCAUGUAUGACCGACGUGUUGUCAGAGGAAAUACAUACGCUCAACAUAUCCUACCCAUUACAUCUCAGCCCGAUCCAGUUGAGUUCCUGAGACAGCAGGAGGCCAGAAAAAAAGCUUUGUCCAGAAAACGACUGAAGGAGCAGUUUGGCCCGAAAACACCAGAACCACUAGAGGGCAGAAUGAACAUAGAUGUGCAGACAGAGAUGUAUCUGGAAGAGCUGAGCGAUCACAUAGAGGACGUCAGUGUGGAAUGCCAAACAGACAUGUUCCUGGACAAACCAGCCACUCCCCUCUUCAUCCCUGCCAAAACUGGACGAGAUGCAGCCACACAAAUAGAAGAAGGAGAGCUGUUUGAUUUCGACGUGGAGGUCCAGCCCGUGCUGCAGGUGUUGGUGGGAAAGACAAUCGAGCAGGCAUUGCUGGAAGUGCUGGAGGAGGAGGAGCUGGCCAACCUGAGGGCUCAGCAGCAGGUGUUCAAGGAGAUCCGUGACGCUGAGCUGGUGGAGGUGCAGAGGCUGGAGGAGAGGGAACGGCGCCUCCGUGUGGAGAAGGAGAACCGGAUAAAGCAGCAGAAGGCAGUGCUGGAAAAAGAGAAGGAGACAGCAGAUAAAAUUGCAGCGAGAGCAUUUGCUCAGCAGUAUUUGUCUGACUUGUUGCCCUCAGUCUAUUCCAAUCUAAAGGAUUGUGGCUACUUCUAUGACCCUGUGCAGAGAGAUAUAGAGACUGGAUUCCUCCCUUGGCUGAUGGAAGAAGUCACCAGUACUUUAGAACAGAGAUAUGUAGCAAGAACAGUGCUUGACAUGCUCAUUCAAGACGUCACUAACCAAAGACUUGAGGCCUUUCAGAUGAAAGAAUAAACUCCGUCAUGCAAUUUCCCAUUAGAGGUCAUACCAGGAAACAAGUCAAAUCUGGAAAAAUAUGACGGAGUUCAUGCAUUCUUCAU